AUGUCACCCCAGAAUUCCACUAAGCAGCAAACGGCGUCCAACAAGCCGGUGGCAGACGGAGGCGGCGGAGGAGUGACCAUGUCCGAGGAGAACAAGAAGAGCCUCUUGAAAUUCCUGGUCAUCUUCGCAGUGGCCUUGCUGGUCACAGCGACUGUGACCUGCACUGCCAUGUGGCUCAUGUCCCCAUCUGAAUCCGGGGUUGAUCGACCCGAUCUCAGUGGUCUCACGCCGUCGGCUUCGUAUAACUCCGCAUUCCUUCAAAAGGACGACGUGGACCGCCUUCGGGAGCAAGAGAUGAAAAAGCUCGAAGAACUAGCCAGGACUGAGAAAACUCGGUCCCGAGAAUCCGGGUUCGAACGGAGACCCGCCGUCGCAAGAGAGGAGAAGGAGGAGGAGGACGAGCAAGAGCAGGGCCUGCAGAACCCAGCAGAACCCAUGGUGCCGGUGUUCCCGAGCAGCAGCAGCAGCAGUUCCGGCGGCCCAGCGGGUACAGACGUGCACGACGGGUUCUUGUCCGCCAUACUUCAAUUGGCCAAUUUGCCGCCGCCGACUGGCGGCAUUUUCUCCGCUGCCGGUGGACCAAGCAGUGAAGGUCAUGGCACGCAUGACGGGUCCGACAAAAAGCGUGAAGGCCUGCAAAUCCCGAGCUUGGCAUCCCUGUUCUCCGCCGGAAUGAACGGCGACGCGUUUGCGCAGCUAUUCGGCAAUUUCACAUCAUCAUCACCGGGUUCGUCGCCGGGCUCCGAUGAGAACCCAGCGGACCUGACAGCAGCAGCAUCAGCACCCUCAGAAGGCCAGGACGACCCGGACUCUGCUCCAGGCACAGUCGAAGACCCCGGGUUCCGCCAGCAGGAAAACAACCCCGAUCCUGGACUCAUCGCCAGCAGUACCAACAAAAAACGCGUCAAGUCCCCGUCAUCGUCGCAACAACAACAACAGAAAAUGCGACGAAGCCAGCGACUCAAAUUCCGCUUCCGUGGCCCACUCGCAUUCCUCACCGUUUUCUCCUUUAGCGCAUUCAUCGUGGAGCUGUUGAACCACGCUCUGGGCGUGCGACCCGGGGGUUCCCAGCUGGGUCAGAAUGUCGUGCGGGCGUUUUCCGCUGGAGAGGACUCCAAGUGGCGCCAGUUCGAGGAGCCCGGGGACGCCGCUUUGGCGUACUUGCCGCCCGUCGACUAUGCUAAUUCCUUGACUCGGGCGCUGCUGAGUCUGGUGAAGGCCUGGCAGGGCGGCGGGGAGUUUUACGAGUGCGCCUGGAAGCUUUUCUGCGAGGACCUUAAUGAGUCGCUGGAUGUUCCUGGCACGCCUGGGGCACUCGCGAGGAUCAACAGGUCUGACGACGUGGACCGCCUUCGGGAGCAAGAGAUGAAAAAGCUCGAAGAAUUAGCCAGGACUGAGAAAACUCGGUCCCGCGAAUCCGGGUUCGAACGGAGACCCGCCGUCGCAAGAGAGGAGAAGGAGGAGGAGGACGAGCAAGAGCAGGGCCUGCAGAACCCAGCAGAACCCAUGGUGCCGGUGUUCCCGAGCAGCAGCAGCAGCAGUUCCGGCGGCCCAGCGGGUACAGACGUGCACGACGGGUUCUUGUCCGCCAUACUUCAAUUGGCCAAUUUGCCGCCGCCGACUGGCGGCAUUUUCUCCGCUGCCGGUGGACCAAGCAGUGAAGGUCAUGGCACGCAUGACGGGUCCGACAAAAAGCGUGAAGGCCUGCAAAUCCCGAGCUUGGCAUCCCUGUUCUCCGCCGGAAUGAACGGCGACGCGUUUGCGCAGCUAUUCGGCAAUUUCACAUCAUCAUCACCGGGUUCGUCGCCGGGCUCCGAUGAGAACCCAGCGGACCUGACAGCAGCAGCAUCAGCACCCUCAGAAGGCCAGGACGACCCGGACUCUGCUCCAGGCACAGUCGAAGACCCCGGGUUCCGCCAGCAGGAAAACAACCCCGAUCCUGGACUCAUCGCCAGCAGUACCAACAAAAAACGCGUCAAGUCCCCGUCAUCGUCGCAACAACAACAACAGAAAAUGCGACGAAGCCAGCGACUCAAAUUCCGCUUCCGUGGCCCACUCGCAUUCCUCACCGUUUUCUCCUUUAGCGCAUUCAUCGUGGAGCUGUUGAACCACGCUCUGGGCGUGCGACCCGGGGGUUCCCAGCUGGGUCAGAAUGUCGUGCGGGCGUUUUCCGCUGGAGAGGACUCCAAGUGGCGCCAGUUCGAGGAGCCCGGGGACGCCGCUUUGGCGUACUUGCCGCCCGUCGACUAUGCUAAUUCCUUGACUCGGGCGCUGCUGAGUCUGGUGAAGGCCUGGCAGGGCGGCGGGGAGUUUUACGAGUGCGCCUGGAAGCUUUUCUGCGAGGACCUUAAUGAGUCGCUGGAUGUUCCUGGCACGCCUGGGGCACUCGCGAGGAUCAACAGUGUUGGUUUGCGGGUUGGAUUCGGUUCGUUGCGGCACCGCGACAUGCCGGUUGCACUGAUGCGGUCGUUCAUCGGGGAGAAGAAGCCCAUGAAAUGCGGUCGUCUUUUCCACGGGUACGUAUAA